AUGCAAACCGGCAUCCUGUCCAAGGACUGGAACCACGCCUUUAACACUCUCCCGGCUCUAGAAUUCGACGAGGAAACCUUCGGGGGCAAGGGCGUCGGCGGGCACGAUGCCGACAUCGUGACCGAUACUUUCCUGGAAUACGUCGAUGGUUACAUCACGCGGCGCCGUGAGCAUGACCUCAGCAUAGACUCAAUGAGCUUGCUGGCCUUCUCGAAGGGCGACAGGUUGAGUCCCGCGGUGCCCAAGUGGAUCGACAUUGCCUCGAGGCUCAAUCUCCGAGACCUUACGCUCGGCCGCAUCGUCGACUAUCCUGACAGAAGAUGCAACGAUCACAAGUGCCCCGGUUUGGUCUCCGACACCGUCUCCGUCCUCCACGUGAGCCAUCUCCGCAUGCAGGGGGUCAAGACUAGGCUGCCUCGCUUAGAAGAACUGGUCCUACACAAAGUCGGCGAGAGCCAGGAAGUCUUGAGCGAGCUUAUGAUAAGUUGCCCCGCACUCCGGCGAGUUGAGCUGAUUGGGUGCUCCAGCUUCACGGACCUCCUCAUUUGCGGACCAAAGCUCGAGACUUUUGAGGCGUCCGGCGUGCUUCAGACCAAUAGCUUCACGAUUUCAGCCCCCAACCUCAAGUCCUUCAGCUUCACAUCCGCAUACACCAUAGGCUCACCGGAGGGGGAGUUGUCCACUCUCCAAGUACACAGAGCUCAAAACCUGAGGGAGCUUACAUUGGAUUUGUGUAUGGUCGGAAUCAGGAAGGUCGGAGAAGCCGUUUCUCAGCUUCGUCGACUGGAGACUUUGAGGCUCAAGGGGAGCUGGCACGCCGAGCGCAUCAGGAUAACUCACAAGAAUCUCAAGCACCUCGUCUUGACCAGAUUCCGCUCCCUGAAAAGAGUAAAGCUCCAAACUCCUAAUCUAGUUUCGUUCCAAUACGACGGCCUCAACAUCCCGGUCAUCGGUCCACGAGAUUCGACGAUGUUGGCCAAUGCGAGAUUGGAGGUGGAUUUUGAAGUCCGCACGAAGAGGAGCUAUCUCAAGGCAGCCAAGUUCCUAAGUUACUUCGGCCGGUGCGACUCGCUGACACUAGUCUGUAACAAAACCGAGGCAUUGGUUCUUCCGGAGGAAAUCAGAAGUGAAAUGCUUCCUCCAUUGCGCAAUGUCAAGCAUCUGAGACUUCAAAUCCUCUUCGACACUCCUGAAGUUAGUACUACUUCUCAACUGACAGAAAGCUUGAGGUGGAUGUGUCCUCGUUUAGAGACGCUGGUCAUUAGUCCCGAACCCCGCCACGAGAAGACGCCAUCCCGUCUUUUAGUGACGCCGGCGACCCGUUUCGGACCUCGCAGAGACAAGUACUCACGAGCGAAUAGGCAAUAUAAGAGGAAUCGGCGGCAGCAGCGAGAGAUGCAUUCCUCAGCAAAGAAAGCUCAUCUAGCUUCAUCUGUAGGCUCAGGAGUUUCUAAAAUCAACCCCACUUCAGUGGAUGUUUGA